GGUGAAGGCCUUUCUGCUGGGCAAGGAGGGGGUGGUCCGCGAGAUCCGCCGCUUCGCGCUCCCGCCGCCCGCCCGCUACCAGGACGUGCGCGACAAGGUCGGCGAGAUCUUCCCCGCGCCGCUGCGCGACGGCGCCUUCCUGCUGCACUACAAGGAUGAAGAUGGCGACAUGAUUGCCUUUUCCGGUGAAGAAGAAUUCAAGAUGGCUCUGCCAUAUGUGAAGGAUGGCAUUUUUCGUAUUUACAUCAAAGAGAAAAAGGAGUGCAGACGUGAGCACCGCUCACAGUGCAACCAGGAGCGUCCUCUCAUUGUGGUGCACCCCAACGUGGUUUGUGAUGGCUGUGAAGGACCAGUGGUAGGGCCUCGAUUCAAAUGCACUAUUUGCCCAGAUUAUGACCUAUGUGGUACCUGUGAGAAGAAAGGCAUCCAUAAGGAGCACAACAUGAUCGUGUUUCAAACCCCACUGGUCAAUAAAUUUGAGUGGAUUCCCGGAGGUCGCUGGCUUCGUAAGAUGAGACAUGGGGUUCCACCUUUUGCACAGACACAUGGCUGGGGGCACACUGGUUAUGCCGCUUCAUGUCAAAAUUCUGGGCAGGACUCUGGGCAAGCACAAGCCAGUGCUGCAUCCCAAAAUCCAGACCCUGAGCAAGAAGCCUUUCCCAGCCAGUCUCAGGACCCUAAUGUCACCUUUUUAAAGAAUGUUGGGGAAAGUGUAGCAGCCAUGCUGAGUCCUCUUGGCAUCGAAGUAGAUAUUGAUGUCGAACAUGGGGGACAAAAAAGCAAAGUUACUCCCCCCUGUCCAAGUACACAGAGUGAUUCUGAGUCCGGAGGCAGUUCCACUUGUCAGAAUGGCCAGAGCAAACCAGAAGGAAGUAGCAAAGAACCUGCCACAGAGAAAGAAGAUUCUAUUACAGAGCAGAUGCAGGAGAUGGUGCUAGAGCCUCCUUCCUCCCAUAUGGAAGUCAGCAAUUUCCUUUCUCAGGAACAGAGUGAAUCCAGUAGUUCUGCAGGGGGUGAUGAGGACUGGACCCACUUAUCUUCAAAAGAAGUGGAUCCCUCCACAGGUGAACUGCAGUCUCUCCAAAUCCCAGAGACACAGGGUCCCAGCUCUCUAGACCCAUAUCAGGUUCCCCCUCAACCAGGACCUACAGGACUGCGAGAAGCUGCACUCUACCCCCAUCUUCCACCAGAAGCGGAUCCUCGCCUCAUUGAAUCUCUGUCCCAGAUGCUCUCCAUGGGUUUUUCCGAUGAUGGUGGAUGGCUGACCCGUCUCCUACAGGCAAAGAAAUGUGACAUUGGGGCAGCACUGGAUACUAUCCAGUAUUCCAAGCAGCCACCUCAUUCCUAAUGGCAUUUGUGUAAUCCUAUAAAGCACUUUCCUGUGAACUGCUGAAAGCUGAACAGCAGUCCUAUACUUAGUCUCCUUGUCAGAAAAGCCUGUUCCAUUUUCUGUUCUCUUGUUAUGAAAAAUAAAUCAUUUCCUGCCUCCA